AGAGCGAGGGAGGCGAAAAGAGCGCUGAAGGUUACAGGAGCGCAGAGUGAAAGGACGCACGACAUAAGUCUGAGAAGCACUAACAAACUUCGCUAGGAACUUCGGGCAGUAAAGGCAACCGACAAACUCGGAUCAAACAGCUGUCAGCAUCCCUUGGUACCGCUACCUCCUACUGAAUUCUGGCGGGUAUACCUGGUGCCAGCUAGUCCAUUACCUACCUACCUGUCACCCCACUACCACUGUCGGAAUAAGAAUGCAGUCAUGGAGCACGAGGGACCGAUAAGUAAGAUGUCCAACAGGUCGAGUAAGAGUUUUGAUGAAAUAAGCCACUAAAAUAAAACGAAUUGUGCACAUUACACAAUUGGUUGAAUAAAGUAUACAUUUGUUUCUAAGCCCCAUAUUUAUACAUACAGAGGCGUUUAACAAAGGGUAAGGAGGAAGGAGUGGACUGACAAAAUGUCAUAUAGAAAAGAACUUGAAAAGUACAGAGACUUGGAUGAGGAUGAAAUCCUUAAUAAACUCUCAGAGGAGGAACUUCAAAAGCUGGAAAAUGAACUGGAGGAGUUAGAUCCUGAUAACGCUCUGUUGCCAGCAGGAAUGAGACAGAAGGACCAGACAAAAAAAGCACCAACAGGUGAUUACAAGAGGGACGAUCUAAUGGCACACCUAGAGAAGCAAGCAAAAGAAAUUAAAGAUAGAGAAGACUUGGUCCCUUUCACAGGAGAAAAACGAGGAAAAGCGUGGGUUCCCAAACAGAAGCCAGUUGAUCCUGUAUUAGAGGCUGUGACUCUGGAGCCAGAGCUAGAAGAGGCACUUGCUAAUGCUACAGAUGCUGAGCUCUGUGACAUUGCAGCCAUCCUUGGAAUGCACACACUGAUGAGUAAUCAGCAGUAUUAUGAGGCCCUGGCCAGUAGCACCAUAGUUAACAAGGAAGGACUUAACAGUAUUAUAAAGCCUACUAAAUACAAACCAGUACCUGAUGAAGCACCAAAUUCAACUGACAUAGAAGAAACACUAGAACAAAUUAAAAACAAUGACCCUGACCUUGAAGAGGUUAAUCUUAAUAAUAUCAAGAACAUUCCCAUAGCAACUCUGAAAGAAUAUGCAGAAGCACUGAAGGACAACUGUUAUGUUCAGAAAUUUAGUAUUGUUGGAACAAGAAGCAAUGAUCCUGUUGCUUUUGCACUGGCUGACAUGCUGAAAGUUAAUACAACACUGAAGAGCUUGAAUGUGGAAUCGAAUUUUAUUUCUGGAGCUGGGAUACUAGCCAUAGUAGAUGCACUGCAGUACAAUACCUCACUUAUAGAACUGAAAAUUGACAAUCAGAGCCAGCAAUUGGGAAACAAAGUAGAAAUGGAAAUAGCUAACAUGUUGGAGAAGAAUAGCAGCCUUCUGAAAUUUGGCUACCAUUUUACACAGCAAGGUCCACGGCUUCGAGCAGCCAACUCCAUGAUGAACAACAAUGACCUGGCUCGUAUGACACGCAGUGAUGGCCUCUGGCAAAGCUUCUCAGCCCUGGAACUGGAAGAUUACGGAAAAGAAGAAUCCAAGGAGUGAAUGGGCCAAUCUUUCCCAGGAACAGAACUACUGUAUAAGAUGUCUAAGAAGAAAUUAGUACCUUUCAAAAGAAUACUUCCCCACAUUUGUCUUCAGCUCAGCCGUGGAUACCCGAGGGCAUAAUGUCUUUCUGUGUGUGUGUUGUGACUCCAUUUUGUAUUGUAUUUAUCAUGCAUCAAAGAUAUUUUAAAUAAGCUAGUGACCAUAGUUACAGAUAAAUGUGGCUAAAAUAAGUUUUGCCUCCAGAAAUUUCCAGUCGUCAAGAGUUAGUUGUCAUUUCUUGACUGUGCUAAGAAAUUUUAAAGCUGCUGUAGCACAAAGUUAGCAACCGUCUACAUUGUAUAACUUGAAUUUUUCUUUUUUAUGUAUUAUUUUCAUGUGUGGUAUUUUUUGUAGAAUUUAUGAAAUUAGUAUGCACAAAACAAAUUCAUAGCAUUGCACUGUUUUAUGAAGGAUAAAAUACUUGGGCAACUUGAACAGAAUAACAAUUCCAUAAAGUCAUUUCACAGAAACAAAUAUUUUGAAGCAUUUACUUAGGUAUCUCAUUUUUAAGAUCUGUAAACCAUGAGUAUUAGGAUGACUUGGAAACUUUUGCUCUCUGCGGGCCACUCACAGUGCUGUACAGCAUGCACAUAGGUAGAGAUUGGGUAGUUCCACAUCCCCACAGUUCUUUAGCAGAACUACAAGAACCAUCAGUCAUUCUUACUUGACAUAAAAAUCCAAGAUAAGUCACUCAGUGAGGUAUAUGGGGCAUGAUGAAAGAUUUUCAAAGUUUUGGACACAACUAUACUAUAGUUCAUAGUGAAGAUGAAGUAAUAAACAGUAGCCUAACUUCGAAAAACCCUCAGACGUCUAAUGUUUGCAAUAAAUUUUUAUAUAACUUCUGUGUCUUCACGAAGAAGUAGUUCAUUAGGCAGUGUUUUCCAGACAGCAUAAAGCAGUAGCAAGGAUGGUAUCGCCAAGAGAAAAAGUCUGUAGUAUGGCAGCCCUACAAACAGAAUAGAUACAAGAGACAGAUGUAUGUGAUGUUCAGUGAAAGUGUUAACAGAACUACAUGGGACAGUAGGAUGCAUGUUGACAGUAAGGUGAUCUUUUAAAAAGAAGUAGGAGAAAUGACCACAUCAGUCAGACACUGACCAGAGAAAGAAUGCCAAUAGGUUUCCUGCCAUGCUUUCUAUAGCAUAACAUGAGUAUGUACAUUUAGCAGACAAAUAAAAAAGGUAAAAGGGUGAGGUGUGAUCAGGAGUGGAUACAAAUACCUGAUUCCAUGCCCUGUUUAAUAGAAAAGAUGCAUUAUUCUACUAAUUACACAUUUAUGGGUCUAGGAUGUGGCCAAACUACUGGGGCAAAGCUGCUUUCAGAUGGACCAUCCAGAAUAUAGCAGAAACCCCUUUAUAACCUCCAUGCAUGGUUAUGAUCCUCCUAGACCCCUUUCUUAACUUAACCAACUCACCACCUCAGGAGUCGCAGCUUUUCAGGGAUGUUUAGAAAUUAUCCUCGAGUUGAGACAGAUUUGAAUAAAUAGUUUAGCCAAGAAGUAUUUAGAACAUAUGAUGUUCAGCUGGUCAUUCUGCUACCAAAAUGAUGUAAGUAUCAGUUUUAGCUGAAGGUAAUUUUAUAGUGUGUGUGUGUGUGUGUGUGUGUGUGUGUGUGUUUGUAUUAUUUCAGUAGAACAAACUCAAAUACAUCAACAGUGAAAACAUUCAGUCCAAACUAUCUCACUUAACAGGUUGUACCGAACCCGUCAAACACACUUAAAAAUGUAUCAAGAUACUAAAAACAUUUUGAAGGGAGGGCUUGCAGUUAUAUCAGAUGUGAUGAUAGUUUUGAACAUCCGUUAAAUGGUCGAAUUUAUGUUUUUGAUACUGAAGCAGAUUGUAAUACCAAGGAUUUGGUCUAUCUGGCUGUAUGUGAUUUCUGUGGCACACACUAUGUUGAUAAAACAAAUAGGUGUCUUAGGGAUCGCAUAAGAGAGCAUAUCUAUGGGGUUAAUAAAGGUGAUGUUAAAAAUGUACUAGCAAAACACUAAAAAAGAAGGUGCUUUGCACACUUUUAAAAAAUUAGUGUUAGAGAAGUAUAGACAUACUAUCAGAGGUGAAGAUGUUAAAACUCAAACUGAACUUUUAGAGCUGAAAUGGAUUGUUACUUUGGCUGCUAAUAAGAGCAGUGGUUUGAAUGGUAGUGUUCCCUUAAAACCGGCCCUUAAGUUAAGGAAAUUGAAACAUUGAUUGUACUAUUUAAAUUGGAUGUGGUGAUUGUUAUGUUUAGAUUUGAUGAAGCAACUUCAGUUGGGAAAGCGCUCAUCUGUUUUAUUUAUUUGUUUUAUAUUUAUUAAAGUUUUUUUGGCUUUGACAUCCCUCUGCUUGUGCUGACUAAUAUUUUUGAUAUUUUAGUUUAUGUGGACUGCCACACAUAUUUUACCCUGACACAAAUAAAUGCCAGAAAAGUAUAUUUCCAGAGGCAGGCUGAGUGGAAAACGUGCAGUACUAUGUCAUCAUAUCACAAUCUUGCUGAAACUAAACAUAUUUAAUUUAAAUUUAACAUUCAUGAAAGGAGAGCCUUCUAACACAUGACCAAACCUCAAGCCAUCACAGCUCAUAUAAUGCAAACAAGGCGCUCAAACUUCCAGCUCAUCACAAAUCUAAAUAAUCAAAUAGUUCAGGUUUGUGAUAAGUUGUUUAAAUGAUGACUGAGCAUGUUCUUUGAAAUCGAUGCAUACUGCACAUUAUUUCACUUAUAAAAAAAUAAAUAUUAAAACUCGUAUUGCUGUGAAGUACUUCAUUCUCUUCAUAUCCCCACACUCCCUAACUUAAGUAUAAGCUCUAAGGCCACACAGCUGUUGAGUAAAAACGGUGGUAGAAAUAUAGAAAAGUGCACAUACUUGCACACCUACUGUAUUUUAAUGUUAUUUUUUGAAAUGCAUUCAUUGAAUCCAUCAGAGCACUUC